UUGGUGGCGCUGUUCAAAUGUUGUUGUUCUUGAGUUGUUGUUUUGUACAUGUACACAUGUACUGUAAUGUAUUUCGUUUGUUGGAAUUUAGUUCGAGCAUAUGGAGAUACCCUCCUCACUGAACUAGAUGCCAUGGCAACCAAAGACUGUAUCCAUCCAAAAAUUAAAAAACGGCAGAGAUACUCCCCCUACACAAGACAGAAAUCUGCAGGAUCCAGCAGCAGUACAUCUGCCCAGAAAGACGACUCUGCUACGAUUACCAGCACACAAUGCAAGUCACUUGAUGACAAAGGAGGAGACCAAUCUUCAGAAAGUACCCAGAUCUCCAAGACUUAUCCCUGUAUCUCAGCCAGACAGCCUUAUGCAGGUUUCAUCCUGAAUGGUCUCAAGACGAUUGAGACGAGAUGGACGCCCGUCUUCCAAGAGCUGGAGGGGAGCACGGUGGCGAUUCACGUGGCUUGGAGGGACUGGGAGGGCGAGGAGGAGUGGAGGACAAUCUUGGGGAUGAGUCACAAGGAGGUGGAAAGUGAGAGAUUUCUUCAGGAUGGAGAGAGGCAUGGGAGAGCAGUGGUAGCAGGUUUGGUUGAUGUUGGUGAAACUUGGCAGUGCCCGGCCGACAUUGAGAAUGUGGAGCAGUCACUGGAGUGGGAGACGUGCGCCCUCUUGAGACCCUUGAACGACAAGUUUCUAACCAGGCUGUCCAAUCCCAGAUGGUUGAGGCGGCCAGUUAGGAUCAGGGGUCAAAGGGGAAUCUGGGAGGUCGAGAUCCCACAGGACUGCCUCUGAUGGUUGCCUGGCUGAAAAAAGGCUGCCAUGCGUGGCCAACAGGACACAAUGGAAUAUAGAACAGUCUGUCGCCAAUUCUCAUUGGACCCUGUGCAUAAACCCAAGAGGGCACUAUGCUGCCUACUUACAAGAACCAAUUGGGGGCAAUGUGAUGCCUUACGUGUAUGCUGUGUUGAAAGCUCCAUAUAGGGCCUAUAGACUGUAUUGUUUCCAGUCACGAAGGUUAAUUGGUAAAUCUUUAAAACGCAUUCCCGUUCUAUUUUCCAGUUUCACCAAGAAAAUAGAUGUUUUUCAAAUUUUCCUACAAAUAUGAAAGUUAUUCACUUUUGAAUGAAACAUCAAACAAAACAAUCCACCAACAUUUAGUUAUUGAAUUGUUCCUUAACAAAAGUUACUGGCUACCAGACAAUAAUUGGGCUCUCGCAGGGCGGGUUCAUUUGUGCGCAAAAUGAUAUUCCUUUUUCAGAGGGUCUGUACCGCGGAAGACGCUCAAAAUCGUAGUCGAGUAGUUUUUUAGAUAAACCAAAACAUACAAAUUGAGCCUUUGUUAGGAGAAAAAAAAAUCAAAUUUUUGAAGAGCAAUGGGGUAUCACCUUCAAUAAUCAGGUUUAACUCGAGAUAAAAACCAAAGUGCACCAAAAAUAAAAACUAAAAGAAAGCUGGCUCCGUUAUCCUGACUUUUUAUUAUUUUGUCAACGUUCCUGCCUUGUGUACAUUAAAUAGUGAAAAAUCUUACAAAAGUUUAAAAUGCAGUCCUCAGCUAGAAAGAAAAUUUCCAAAGGCUACAUGAGCUUUUUGUUUUAUAAUUCGAAUUAUUACUGAAAUAAUUUAGCCCUAAUUCCAUUAUUUUGCAAGUAAUAGUUGAAU